UGCUCAGGUAGUGAUUCUGUUGGUCCUGUGUUUUUAAUUUAUUACAAAGAAAUAACACUCCUUGACGUUCUGCUUGUGUUUGAAUUCAAUCAAUUAGCUCGUACAUGGAAAAUCUUGUCUUUUGUGGUUGCUCUUCCUGGAGUUGCUGUCUGCCAGCUAAAUUGCUACCUGAAGAAAGACAAGGAGCAUGAAAGGCCAGAGUUUAUUCCUUACAAGCAUCUUUACAUCCGGACCAAGCCCUUCCCUUGGGGUGAUGGGAACCACAGCCUUUUCCAUAACCCACAUGUCAAUGCCCUCCCAACUGGGUAUGAAGAUUAAGCAAGCGGACCACAGCCUCAGCGCGGACCAUUAACGGUAGCUGGACCAGAAUCAAGGCUGGGACCCAUAAUAUACAUGUCCUGUGUUGUUUAUUCUGACUUCUUGCAGUUAAUGUUCUUCCUGUAGAAGUCACCUGAAAUAAAUAAAAGUAUUGUAUCCAAA